ACACCGUCACCUCACUCACAUUAUUAUCAGUGAAAAAUCACUGAAAUAAACACCCAGGAGAACAAACAGGGAAUAAAAGUUUUAACGAGCAGAAAAUGUCGUUCAUACCCGGCCAGCCUGUCACCGCUGUUGUGCAACGAAUUGAGAUUCAAAAACUACGGGAAGGCGAUAAUUUAAUACUAGGAUUCAGCAUUGGAGGGGGAAUCGACCAAGAUGCAAGCCAGAAUCCAUUUUCUGAAGACAAGGCAGACAAGGGAAUCUAUGUCACACGUGUGUCUAAAGGUGGACCUGCAGAAGUGGCUGGUCUCAGGAUAGGAGACAAAAUUAUGCAGGUGAAUGGCUGGGACAUGACCAUGGUGACACAUGAUCAGGCACGUAAAAGACUCACCAAGAAGAAAGAAGAUGUGGUCAGGCUUCUCAUCACUAGAAAAUCCCUGGAGGAAACAGUCAGGCAUUCCAUGAUGCAACACUAAUGCACAACACACUCAUUGAGCUAAUUGAAUGUCCUUAUUGGUAAAUCUCAUGUUCAGAGCAUAUUUUAACUAAUAAGAAACAAACAGCUUCUCUCAGCCAAAGAGCGUUGACAAGAAAGCCUUACUUGAUCAGUCACCUCUGUUAAAGAUCAUUUAUCAUGUAUUGAACUGUAACUGAACUGAACCAGCGUAUGUAUGAAUGAUCACUCUCAAAGUACAAUGUAAAGAUUGUGGUUUGCAUUUCAUAAUUUGCUAUACUAAUUUCCAUUUAUCUAUACUUUAUACUAAAUACUACACUAUAUGUACUGCAUAUACUCCUGAAUGUAUCAUGGUGCCUGUAAACUCCAUAUCAUUUAAUUCAUAAUCUCAAGGGCUACAGUGAAUUGUUCACCUCAUUUCUCUUUGCUUCAUCAACAAAUACAGCUACAUAUACAUCUUUAAUGAAUCAAGUAUUAACAGCCAGAAUACAGCGGUACUUUAAUGACCACUAAUUUUUCUAA